AAUAAUAUAUCGGAAUGUAGUUUAGUAUGGUAUCUAUUCGACCACUGCUAUAAUAACAAAUGGUAUAAAGUUAGAUCGUCAAUAGGGCAGCUGUAAAGUUAUUUCUACAUGCCUUCUUGGCCACAAUCACUCUUAAUUGUUGUCUAUGGAAUGACCUGUUAUCAUGACCUGUAGGGACUAGUGUUACCAACAACAAAACAAUAAUAAUAAAAACAUGCACUGGUUUAUUGGUAUGAACAAGAACAAAAAUGUAUGCACUAAGUAGGCAUACUGCAAGUCCUCUGGAUAAGCGCAUCUGCUAAAUGACUAAAAUAUAAAUGUAAAGCAUCAAUUAUCAUAAGUGUUGUGGAAUGAUUUGUUGAUGGACCUGCAUCUUUAUUUUUGCAAAUAUAACACUUUUUUAUGUUGAAUAUUGCAUUACAUCACUCAAACUCAUUACACAAUUAUCUGUCUUCCAUGAUAUGCACAAAUUCCAUCAGACACACUAAUGUUGUCAUCUACUUUCUGAGCUUAAACUCAACAUGUCUUCCUGAAAAACCUCACCGCAAAGAAUCAUUGAUCAUAUCAGCUGCUAGUCCAUUUACCACAUGUUGCUUUUUUCUGUGUGCACCCAGUCACAUUGCCAAACAACCGUCCAGAUUAUAAAUAGUUGAACAAAAGCUUUAAAUGAACAACAAGGGUUACUGAAACCUGAGGCGCAGGGCAGUAUUUUUUCAUCAUUGGUAACUAAAUACGGUGGUGUGGAGACUGUGGACUCUGUACAGGCUGGACAGGCACCAGUCUGAUUCAGUACGGAGGCCGGUGAGGUAAGGCGGAGGCUGUAUAUUCCUGACACUAAAGGGGCACUGACAAGGACGCAGCCUAGAGCUGACCUCCUCCUCAACUGGCCACCCCCCUCCACCCACAGAGGGAUGCCCCCCAGGCUAAGCACCAGCUGAAGAGGAGGACAAAAAAGUUACUCUGACUGCGCCUCACCAGAAGAGGUCCUGCCUCAGAUCUCCUCUCCCAGACUGGUUGGGACGCUCCAGUUGUGUUUUGUUACUUUUCUCUUUAUUUUUUUUUUUACUCAUCCUCACUGGAGUGAGAGUGAAGACCUUUUGAAGACCCAGAGGUUUUUUCUGUUGGAGCACCUUUAUUUGGAGUAGCUGCUAAUAGACGGAGACCUACAGUCUUGCUUUGUCUUUCCCUGUCUGUGGGGUGUGUGUGUGAGAGUGCUUGUGGGUUGGCACCGGUGAGAGCCCUCUCCCUUCCCUCCGCCAGGAUGUCUGCAGUUCAGCUGCUGCUGGUCCCGCUGGCGCUGUGGGUUCUGCAAGCGUCUCUAUGCCAUGGAGCGUGUGUGGAGGUGGACUCUGACACUGACGCAGUGGUCAACGAAGGCUUUAAGCUGGGCUGUAUCUCCUGUAAGAUGAGGGCCGAGGUGCCCGCCGAGGCCACUGUUGAAUGGUCCUUCAUGCCCAAAGGGGAGAGCGAGUUCACAAAAAUCUACAGCUACGAGGAUCUAAUGAGCGACACCCCAGACGAGCGCUUCUACGAGCGUCUGGACUGGAAGGGCAGCAAGAAGACCAAGGACCUGCAGGACGGCUCCAUCUACAUCCUGAACGUGACGUGGAACGACACGGGCACCUACCGCUGCAUCUUCACCCGCACCCUCACCUUCAGCUCCUUCAAGUUCCACAACGACACCACCAAGAUCGUCCACCUCAACGUGGUGCCAAGGCGUGAGGCGUUGGCUUUAGGGUUCACAGGUGACCAGGGGGAUAGCUUCCAUCUUGUCCGAGGUGAUGAUGUAUGUCACCAUCGUUGGGCUGCAGGUAUGGCUGGUGGUGGAGAUGAUUUACUGCUACAGGAAGAUAUCAGCGCAAGGCGAGGAAGCAUUGAGAGAGAGCGCGGCGGAGUACUUAGCUAUAGCUUCAGAGAGUAAAGAGAAUUGUGCAAUGGUGGCAGUAACCGAAUAGCACUGGUUAAAGAAUGGCUCCAAACGACAAAUAGCUCUUGAUAGCCCUUCAACACUUCUCAUCUUCACCCCUUCUUCCAUUAUGACACCAUCUCAUUACCCCAUCCAGGAGGACAAGCAGCCAAGAGGCUUGUCCAGAGAACAGAUGGAUGAGAAGUGAAACAGCCAAUGAAAAAAAGGACAUUACUGUGUUUAAAUACAAAUAUACAGCAUGAGUAUACUAUCUAGCAGUACUAUAAAUAUCAAAGAGAGUUAUAUAUACACAGUACGUAUAGUUAAUUAUGCAAUCCAAAUCUUCAUUAUAAUACUCCUACAUUAUAUUAAGUUAGUACUGUACAUUAAGAAUAGCUGCAUGUUUGGUGAUACAUCAUAACCAUUGGCAUUAAAAUGUUUCUAAAGGUCA